AUGGACGUAUAUUCUGACGAUUUGCGACGCAGGAAUGUGUUUUGUGACGCUGUUCUCAAGGUGGAGGAUUCAGAGUUUCCGUGUCACAAACUCCAGCUGUGCCACUCCAGCAAAUACUUCAGAGCCAUGUUUGAAAGCGCAGCCUCUCAGAAUGAGAAUUUCUUCAGACUCAAAAACAUCUCUCCAAGGACCAUGGCACUGAUUCUGGAUUGGAUUUACACACAAUCCACACCAUCUUUGAGCAGACACAACGUUCAGGAAGUGCUAAAGGCCGCCAGCACCCUGAUGCUGGAAAAACUGGUCCAGAUUUGCUAUAAGUUCUUGGAGGACCACCUGCUCCCUGAGAACUCCAUCGGCAUGUGGCACCAGUCGGAUGUCAUAGUCUCCGAAUCGAUGAAGGAGUGUGCUCAGAGGUUCAUCCUGAGGCACUUUGAAGAGGUGGCAGCUAGUGAUGAGUUCCUGGAGCUGUCGGUGCAGGAACUGCUGGGCUUCAUCGAGAAUGAUACGCUCGAUGUCAGGAGUGAGACCGCAGUUUUUGAAGCAAUCGUGCGAUGGACCAACCACGACCUUCAAAACAGGAAAAACGACUUUUCUCGCCUGCUGGAGAAGGUCCGUUUCUCUGAAAUUUCGAACGAGUAUGUGAAAACCAAUGUUUUGAAAACCUCUCUGGUCGGCCCCCUCGACUACAGAAACAUCGUCUUGAGCGGCCUCAACACCUCGCCUCGACUUCCAGGAGCCAUCCUGCUGGCGAUCGGCGGCUGGAGCGGCGGCGACCCCACCCACGUCAUCGAGGCCUUUGAUUUGAAGGCAAAUCGCUGGGUCAACGUGACUAACCAUCAGGAGAGCCCGCGUGCUUACCACGGCGUGGUGUUUCUCAAUGGCGGGGUUUACUGCGUGGGAGGUUUUAAUCGCUUGAAGCAGCUCAACACCAUGCGGCGCCUGGACCUGGCAACCAACAGGUGGCACGAGAUGCCCCCCAUGUACCACCGCCGCAGCUACGUCAGCGUGACUGUGAUGCACGGCUGCAUCUACGCCAUCGGGGGAUUCGACGGAGCACUACGACUGAACACGGCUGAAGUCUUCAACCCUCAGACCAAUCAGUGGUCUCUGAUCGCACAGAUGAACCAGCGAAGAAGUGACGCCAACUGUGCCACACUUGAUGACAAGAUCUACAUUUGUGGCGGAUUUGAUGGUACCCAGGUCUUUGAAACGGCUGAAUGCUAUUGUGCAAACACAAAGCAGUGGACCUUCAUCGCCCCAAUGACCAGCAGGCGCAGCGGUGUCUCGUUUGUUGCCUACUCCGGCCACAUCUACGCAGUCGGAGGCUUUGAUGGUGUUGAGCGCCUCAGAAGCGUGGAGGCCUAUAACCCCCGGACAAACUCGUGGCAUGAGGUAGCUCCCAUGAUCACCACCCGCAGCAACUUUGGCCUCGAGGUCCUGAACGACCGCUUCUAUGCUGUGGGAGGGUACAACGGCGUCAGCACCACAUGGAGCGUGGAGACGUACGACCCCCUGGUGGACCGUUGGAGCGAGGCCCAAGCCACCAGCCUGUUCCGCAGCGCACUCAGCUGCUGCGUCAUCUCCGGUAUCCCCAACAUGGCCGACUACACAGUGGCCCGUGACAUGAUCCCUCUGCUCGAUGUGGACUCCGACGAAGACAAUAACUAA